UACUAAAAUUUGAAAAAAUAAUAAUUAAUAACCAUGAGUGGGGAGAGAUUUUAACUAAAUUAAUACUACAUUUUUCUAACAGUCAUUCACUAUCAUUGUGAUGUUUGCGGAUACAAGUUGAAUGUUAUAGCCGUUAUAGAAUGGAAGCAAUAAUACAAUCAGUGAAUGGAUUUCGAUUGACAAUGCCUGAGGUAAUUGCUUAUCCAAUCAUAUUAAGUUUUUUUGUUAUUUUGUGGUGUCGCUACAAAUGGAACCGCAGACAUUUUGAUAAACUAGCAUCAAGUUUGAAAGGACCACCAGCAUAUCCAAUUAUUGGCUCAGCACUCCAGUUUAUUGGAACACCACAAAAGCUCAUGGAUAGUAUACUUAAAAUAAUCAAGGAUUAUAGUCCAGGACCUUUUAAAAUUUGGUUGGGUCCAUAUUUAGGGAUAGUUAUUAUUAAGCCAGAAGAUGUACAAAUUGUGUUAAAUAGUUCAAAGGCUUUACAGAAAGAUCGAUUUUACAAAUUUAUCAAAAAUAUUUUUGGUGAAGGAUUAUUAACUGCUCCAGUUGAUAAAUGGCGUAUACAUCGUCGUCUUAUUACACCUUCGUUUAAUUCCAGCCUUCUAAGUGAAUUUUUUCCUGUGUUUCACGAAAAGAAUAAAAUUCUUAUAAAAAAUUUAAAAAGCGAGUUGAAUAAAACUCAAUCAUUUGACCUAUGGGACUACAUUGCACCUACUACUCUUAGUUUAAUUUGUCAAAAUGCGAUGGGUUACAAUCUUGAUAAUCAAUCACAAUGUGGUUCUGAAUUCGAGAAAGCAAUGAUAAGAGCAUCAGAAUUGGAUUUUUUAAGGGUAGUAAAACCGUGGUUAUAUCCAAAUAUUAUGUUUUCAUUAUAUCUAAAACUAAAAGGGGAUUCCAAUGUAUUUAAUAACCUAUACAAAUUACCGUUAAAAAUGAUCCGGGAAAAAAAAGAAGCAUUUGAACAGAAAAAAAUAGAAAAUGAAUCAAGUGUCAUCAUAGACGAUACUAACAAAGAAAAAAAACAUUCAAAAGUAUUUUUGGAUACAUUAUUUGAAUUGAACGAAGCUGGUGCUAAUUUCUCUGACGAUGAUUUUCGAGAUGAAGUUGUGACCAUGAUGAUAGGUGGUAGUGAAACCAGUGCCAUAACACUUUGUUUUUGUCUUUUACUAUUAGCCAUUUACCCGGAUAUUCAAGAUAAAGUUUAUGAUGAAAUUUGUGACGUAUUAGGAGAUGGAGACCAAACAAUUACUAUUGUAGAUUCAUAUAAACUUGUAUAUUUAGAUCAAGUGUUAAUGGAAACACUUCGAUUAUUUCCAGUAUUACCCAUAUUACUUAGAGAACUUCAAGAUGAUGUUAAAAUUGUUUCAGAUAAUAUUGUUCUGCCAAAAGGAUCUACAUGUUACAUAUGUCCAUUAGCCACUCAUCGUAAUUCGCUUUCGUAUCCAAAUCCUAAUAGCUUUGAUCCGGAAAACUUUGCUCCUGAAAAUAUUGCAAAACGACAUAAGUAUAGUUUUUUAGGUUUUAGCGGUGGUCCAAGAGGUUGUAUAGGAUCUAAAUAUGCUAUGCUGUCAAUGAAAGUUUUAGUAUCUACAUUUUUGCGAAACUUCAGUGUGCAUACGGAUUAUACAUUUGACGACAUAAAAUUAAAAUUAGACUUGUUAUUGAGAAGUGCUAAUGGUUAUCCUGUAACUAUUCGAACACGAACUAGGAAAUCAAUGAAAAAAUGAAAUUAAAACGUUUAAAUGACUAAUAAUUAUAAAUCAAUUUAUUACUAUAUUAAUAGAAUGCAGUAUAUUGAUUAUCCGUGGUCUUCUGGGAAAUAAUCUACUAAAUCGAAUUAUAUUUAUAAUGUAUACACAAAUUAUAAUAUAGUUAGGUAUAAAGUUUAAAAUAUUUUCAUAAUAUUAUUUGAAUGUUAAAAUAAAAAUUAAACAUGUUCUAAUUUAAUUUUCCUAAAAUAAUAUUUAAAACUACAUGAUUUUUUUUUUUUAAUAAUACAUAAUAUAUGUAAUUAUAAAAUUUUCGUUUGAAUUUUAAUUUUAAUUUUGUGGAAUUCGCUUAUCCAUGGAUGUCAAGCCAUCCUAUUCCGCGGAUAAUCGAGAGUACACUGCAUAAUGCUGUUUUUUAAAUGAUACUUAUUGACAUAUUUAUAGAAAAAGCUUUUCUUUUGGUGUUUGGUCACACAACGUACAAAUAGUUAUUUUUUUUUAAAUUUUAACUUUAUGACAUGUAAUAUAAGUAUACGAUAAA